CCUGCGGAGAAAUUGGUGGGCGUGACGUCAUUGACGUCGUGACGUCAUUGGCCCAGGUUCUGUUCUUCCUGGUCAUCAUGGUGUCAUUGGCAGAUUACAUUGUUGGAACGAUUAUCCCUGCUACACCAGAAAAACAAGCUAAGGGUUUCUUCAGCUACAAAGCGGAUAUCUUUGUCGAAAACUUUGUGCCCAGGUGGCAGGGACCAGAGGGCAGCUUCUUCGGCAUGUUCUCCAUUUUCUUCCCCUCUGCCACUGGCAUCCUGGCGGGAGCUAACAUUUCUGGAGAUCUGAAGAAUCCAACAGAGGCCAUUCCCAAAGGAACACUGACAGCAAUAUUCUGGACCACCAUAUCUUACCUCAUCAUCUCUGCAACAAUCG